CUGUCAGCUCCACAGUUGACUUGAAAGCAGAGGGAAUAUUUUUUUCUCUCUCACUGGAAGUGGGAUAAAAAUAAAAGUCCAACUUGUCGGCAGUGGUCCGUGAAGGAGCAGCAGAUCCUCCGUUCAGGGAGAUUUCGUCCCUCGUGUCCCAGAAAAUGACGAGUCCUCUGGAGAAAAUGGUGGCUGAGAAGAAGGAGACCAUUGAGGCGCUGAUGGACAUGUUUGAGAAGGGCGCCGAGGUGUUGGCGAGCGCCGUGGGUGAGCUGUUCCCGCUCUGCGAGGCGGCCGCUCCGGUCCUGAAGCUGGUCUUGGACAACGUCCACAGCAAGGAGGUGUUUUACGUCAAAGAGCAGUUCCUGACGGUGAGGAGCAAGCUGGACGUGCUGUCCAACCAGCUGGAGGACAUCGAGUCUGAGCUCAGGAAGAGAGACCUGGACCGCGACUACUUCUCCGUGGAGGAAAACAUCAGGAACCAGUUUAGGAAGUACAUGGACAUCUUGGAGGCGAAGCCGCAGUUCAGGGAGGUGAAGAAGAAGCUGUUUCUGGAUCACUUCACUAAAACCGGUGGAGAGAAGAACCUCUGUGUGCUCUACGAUGCUCUGAUGGGAACCAGCACCUUCAAAGAUCCCAUUUUAGAUACAGUAGAGAGGUAUGUUGGGAGGAACCGGCGCCUCCUGGAGGACUUCUGCGUCCGGAUGAAGGAGCUCUUCUGCCUGGGUUUGAUUUCUCUGCUGGGCUACUGCGCCCUCACCCAGAGCCCAGAGGAAGAGCAGGACAAGAUCCGAGAGUGGAGCACCAAAAUCGAAGAGGUAGAGUCCAAGAUGAAGGCAGCCAUCGAGUCCUGCAUAGCUGCGUUUCCAGAGCAAGCGAAACUAGACGUGCAGCGCCUCCUGCAGGAGACAGAGGAGGAAAAUCUUCAGGAUGCACCUCAGCGUCUUCUGGAGUUCCUGGUGAAAAAGUACGACUGGGUCUCCUGGUCUGUGCGGCUGAUCAAAAACUCAGGCAAAGUCUUUGAGAACCUGCGAGCCGGGAAGCAAUUCCACCAGGUGGCGGGACAGAACUGGUUCGAGGUUCUUCAGGUGAACGACGUCAGCCUGGUGGUGUCGUUCAGCACGGCGCCUCAGCCGGUUCCCAGCGACUGCGUCCGGCAGCUGAUGGAGGGUCCGGCCAGGAAGGGCAACGCUCCGGAGGCGGUGGAUGCGCUGGAGAAGCAGCUGUGCGGGUUCAUCGUUCACGCCAUCAGUCGGCACAAAGAGUCUGCAGCCGCGUGGAGCUUCCCGGAAGAAUGCCACUACUGGGAACACCACAAGAACGUAGCCGUGUGUGUGCACUCGGAAUAACGCUCAAGAGCAGGGUUUAAAGAUUUAUCAUCCAUUUAAAGGGGCAGCGUUACGUAUAUUGUCUCUGUCUCUUUAAAAAGCUCUUGCUCUUCCAAACACUCCACCUUCUGCAUGUCAUCAGAACUCCUUUCCUAUCAAGCAAUUAACAACGUUUUUACCCGCGUUGCACUGAGAAUCAGCUCGUGUGAUAAGUUCAACAGAUACGCAGUUCCAGCAGUGUUUGCUAACUGCUGCUGCCACUAGUCUGGAGGAACUGAGUGGGGAGGGGUGGCCCUCGGUUACACCAGGAUUUCUCAAACAUGAAUAAAAGAAUCAAAGAAACGCUCCAGGUGUGUUUUUCACGAGGGAGAAAAAUUAUAACACAAUGUAAAACUAA